AUGGAGCCGGCGGUGCUGGCCUCGCACAACCUCCCGCACCACGAGCCAAUCAGCUUCGGAAUCGAUCAGAUCCUGAGCUGCCCGGAACCCCCCGGGAGCGGCCUAGGCCCGGGUCGAGCGGGCCAGGGCCAUGGGGAGAGUGUGGCGUUCUCGGGUGGAUUUCACGGAGCCACAAGCUACGGCCCCGCGGGCUCGCUGGCCCCACUACCAGGCAGCUCUGGCGUGGGCCCGGGCGGCGUGAUCCGCGUCCCGGCGCACCGCCCGCUGCCAGUGCAGCCGCCCGCUGGAGGCGCGCCUGCUGUUCCUGGACCCUCGGGUUUGGGCGGCGCCGGGGGCCUAGCGGGACUCACCUUCCCUUGGAUGGACAGCGGCCGCCGCUAUGCCAAGGACCGGCUCACUGGUGAGGUUGCCCGAUCCCUCCAGCGUCAUGCCCCACACUGACCCGGUAUCCUCAUCUUUGAUCCUUCUGCUCCAACUCAAGGUCCCCUUUCGUACCCUCCGCCCCUAAUCCCAGGGGAUCCUCCCUCAAUUGGUAUCUCUUGGUCCCGCUGCUGAGAGGCGCUGGGGAGGUAGCUGCCGUCGAUGCCCGCGCCCUCCUCUGCAGUUCACUGUCCACACCGCGGGAAGGGCAGGGUGAAGUUACGGGGGACGUCUCUCCCUCACCCAAGUGGGAGGGCCAUUUCCGAGGCCUUUUCUUGUCUAGAAGCCUCUACUGGUGCGGGGUCGAGCUUGGGGCACCGUAGGGACCGGGCGCGGGAGCUCUGCAGCAUUGGCAGCCGCGCUCUCUUCUCAGUGACACCUCGGGCCGCCCCGAAAACCCUGCCUUGCUCUUUCUUCCUCCCUGUAGCGGCGCUCUCGCCCUUCUCCGGGACGCGCCGUAUAGGUCACCCCUACCAAAACCGGACCCCCCCAAAGCGGAAGAAGCCGCGCACAUCCUUCUCCCGCUCGCAGGUGCUGGAGCUGGAGCGACGCUUCCUGCGCCAGAAGUACCUGGCCUCGGCCGAGAGGGCGGCGCUGGCCAAGGCCCUGCGCAUGACCGACGCGCAGGUCAAGACGUGGUUCCAGAACCGGCGCACCAAGUGGCGGUGAGGCGCGGGGCGGGCGAGGGACCGGGCCGGGCCAAGUGGCGGUGAGGCGUGGGGCGGGCGAGGGCCGGCCUCGCUGACCCCGCGUCUCCGCUCGCCCAGGCGCCAGACGGCCGAGGAGCGCGAGGCAGAGCGGCACCGUGCGGGCCGACUGCUUCUGCACCUCCAGCAGGACGCACUACCGCGGCCGCUACGGCCGCCGCUGCCCCCGGACCCGCUCUGCCUGCACAACUCGUCGCUCUUCGCGCUGCAGAACCUGCAGCCCUGGGCCGAGGACAACAAGGUGGCUUCCGUGUCCGGGCUCGCCUCAGUGGUGUGAGCGACGCCUGCCCGACUGGCCGAGCGCUCUUUUCCGGACUGAGGCGCCGCGUGGAGCCCCGGGCCCGGGGCCUUGGAGCGCACGGCCGCCCACCCCGUGGUUCCGUAGCAGUGGAGCGUGUGAGGAGGAGGUGGCCUCGAGGCUAUCGUCAAGAGCUCCUCGGCCACUGCCGUCUCCCAGGCCAGCGUUGUGCUGUUGCCCUGCGCGCUUAAUCGUGACCUUUCCCGCCAUUUUUCACUUAGACUGUUGCACCGCGGCUGGAACCCGAGGCGCUGAGGGGGCGGGACCUGAAGUAUGAUAGCCAAUGAGAUGCGGGGAGGGGGGCGGGCUGGCCAAUGGCUGCUCUCUUGAGGGACUCCGGAUUCUUCCGUGGGUGUGUUGGAGCUGGGGUUCUGUGUGGCUGGAGUAGGUUUACAGGCCCGGCUGGAAUCAGGAGGCUGCAGCCCGCACAGGCCGGGUCUGUAGCAAAGGUGUGAAGGAAGGAAGGAAGACGUCAACGACAGAGGAGUAAUGGAGGAGGUGCUGGAAAGCGAGUCUGACUGACCGCGACAGGAACCAGAGGGUUAUCUACGCUGGGCGUCUCAUCCUUCAACUGUAAAAUAAUCGCUAAGGACUUUGAGCCCCAUGUUGUCUGUGUGUUUAACCGGCUGACUACGUCCUCUCACUUGAGCCUUACAAGUGGGUGGCAGGCGAGACGGAUACUUACACACUCAAUGGAAAAGAAAAUCUGGGAACACUAAUCUGGCUCUGGUGUCUCUCGGGGACAGAGAGGGAAGAGGAGGAAGCAAUGGACAAAGUUAAUGGGCCCAAUGGAGUUAGGGUGAGCAGAAUUUGGCAAAUAAUUAGGAAGUGAUAGGCCUAAAAAUAAUCAAAGAUAAUUCCCAGGUUGGAAAUGUAAAGGAUCAAGAAAUCAAUGGUGUUGUGGAUGAUGAAAGGGAAAUUGGGAAGAUAGAACCAAGAUUAACUCUGCAGGCAAAACUAAAUGCUAGACCUAGAGAGAAUAAAUUCUGGAAAAAUGCCUUUUGGGGGAGGUCAGUAGACAUCUACAUAGAGGUAGGAAAUAGAUGGAAUGAUGAGAACAGACAGAAUCUCCAAGGGAGGAAACUGAGGCAAAAAGCAAAGUUCUAAGGAUUAAAGGUUCCUUUCCAUCAAUUUCUAUAAAUACAUUUACAAUGUGCAAGAUGAUUGAGGAUAUCAAAAUAGUCAAAAGGAAGAAAAGGGAACGUAGUACCCAGCUGAAAAGAGAAAAGCAUGAUGUCCUUGAAGUUGUUAGAAAAACUUGUGAGUGGGCCAGGGGCUGCUGGGAAGCUUGUUGAUGGAAAGUUAAGAGUUUGGGUAUGGCUGCAGUAGCCUUGAGGUUUAAGAAGAGCAGGAUUUAAGUUGUAUGAGAACAAAAGGGAAGACUUUGUCUGAUUCUUAUAGCACAGCCUUUCUUUCUCCCCUGGAGGCAAGAGCAGUGUGAUAGAGGGAGGUAAGCUUUAGGCAGGGUUAGAGGCCAACUGUAGUCAAACUACUCAUGUUCCAUGUUAGUGACAGCUAGGUUAGUCAUAGUACAAGUCUUGACUAGAGGUGGGAACCAGGCAAGAGGAUGUCACUGUUGGAGUUGACUCUUGUUCUUUCCUACUAAGUCAUCUCUAACUCAUGGAUAUUGCAAAUGCCGCAGAACCAAACUCAAAUUUGACACCAUAUAAAAAGAACUUUUAUAGACCAAAAGGGAACACAAGGAUGGGUUUGGCAUAAGUUGGGUAUAUGAAAGGCAUGUUAGUUCCUCUCCAAUAAAUAGAAGAAAGCUAAGGAAAGGGUCCUACUCUGUUUAGACUGAUUCGCUCCACUCCCAGCCCACCAUUUCUUGGAACUCAGGUUC